GAUGGACUCGAAGAGAGAAGGUGCAAAGAGAGAAGGUGCAUUGGGUCCGUGCGGCAUCAAAUAACAAACAACAACUUCCUUUUUUCCAAAGACCUUCAACUUUGAUCAACUCUUACCAUUUUUUAUUAUCAAUGUAUACACCUCAAGAUGUUUCCUGGAAAAGAAAGUCGACAUCAGAGUGCGUGGGAGGAAGAAGCUUUAUUAGAGCUUCUCUUUAGAGCCCCAAAUUUAGUAACUAAUGAUGAUCUGCUAAACAUCUCUUUGAGCAACUUAGCCAAGAAUGUGAACGAUGAAUUAUCAGCUUCUUUCAUCAUGAAGAUAUACUGUCGAUGGCUCGAAGUCCAUCGGAGAAGCCCAUUACAAUUAUUUAAAGCUUGGCCAAACACGAUUAAGCAGUGGGUGGAAUCAUUGGAACACCGCGGAGUUGACAAGGAAAUAGUAAUAGCACACGUUGUGGACUGGAAGAAAGACAAUGGUCCUUCCACGAUUAAUGGCGCGAAAGGAUGGAUCGAGGAAAAGCACCUUCCUUCCGUUGGCGAGAUUGAAAGAGUGUUUGAUGAAAAACAUAGCUUAAACGAAGAUAAACCUUCGGAUAAAGGAUGCUUUGAUAGAGGUGAGUAUCGAUCGGACAGGCCCUCAAGCAAAUCAGAUCUUGGAGGCGCUCGUUCAGAGUAUGUCCCAUCGAGCUACAUCUGCAAUCGAUGCGGGAAGAAUGGCCACUUGGUCAAACAAUGUCCAACAAAUAUGGACCCUGCUUUUGACAUGAAGCCACCGGAGUCAUACAAAUGCUCAAUUUGCAACAAAUCCGGAAAGCACUGGUAUUCGCUAUGCCCAGAGAACAUCAGAGAAGACUCCAUCACCCAAAAACGUCUGGUUGCUAGGAUGAAAGCCAGAACCGAAAAAAGGACUUUGGAUAAGAGAGAUGGCCACAAGGCUAAACGAGAGGGAACUUCAACAUCAAUCUAUUCCAAAAUAAAAGGCGCGGAGCGGGAUUCGAGACAUUGGCGAGUCAGAAAAUUGGAUACGUUUGAAAAGUCAGGUUCUUCUAAACGAGAACAAGCAAUGGCUUUGGAUCAUGGUAGCGAGCGAGAACCAGAAUUGUCAGCUCUUAACAUGCUUGAACAACUUGCGGAUAUCGAGGAACGCAUACACAGAGCCUCCAUGGCUAUGGCAGAAGAUACCGGCAUGACGAUGGAAGUCGUGGCAGAAGUGACUGGUGUGUCGAUCUCCAAUGUGGCCUCUACCAUCAUGGCAGCGAAUCGCAAGCGUGCCCGCUCCAUGGAAAUGAGUGAUAUUGGUUUCAAGGAGCGUCAACGUACCAUCAGACAAAAGGUUGAAUGUGAUGAUAGAGAAGAGCUGAUGCAUUGUGUUGAUGACACAAGAUCCCUACAUUUGGAUGUUGAAAGACACAACGCAGAUGCAAGGGGAAUUUUCAAGGAAACGGAUCCCUACAGUGCAGAAUUUGAAUUAAGCCAAAACCUUCCUGCCAGAAACUCGACAAAUUCAACGCAAGAUUCUAUGCAAAGCCCACAGUCUGAUUUGAACAUGCGCCCACAAGAGGUUUCACCUAUGGAUACUUCUAGCGAAGACGACAUCCGAACUCCUGUGGAUGAUAUGGAAGCAGGGUGUGACUCGCCACCGGUUCGUUUAGAGACUCCAGAGAAAAUCUAUUCCGAUUUUGUUAAAAGCCUGAUUGCAAAUCGAACAGAAGGUCAAAUUGUAAACCUGAGAAGAGAACGCCAUACAGCGAUAAAGCUGUGGGAUGAAGAUGACCAACGUCGCAGGGGACAAUUGCAUAUUUCAACAUCAUCACCGCAAAGCUCUUCUCCAUUGUCUUCUGUUUCAUGGACGGCCUCGGAUCAUACACUCGAUCAUUCACCUGGCCGAGUUUCAAGUAAGAUUCCUUACUUCGGUCUUGACAAAAACACCUCAACCUCCCCAGACUCCGAUAUUGAAAUACAAGAGCAAACUUCUGGAGACCAGGGACAUGCUAAUGAUGGUAACAGCUUGACGGAUGCAGCGGGUGACUAAUCGUUAUGACUAUAGCAGUUUCGAUCUGAAGGGGAUCUUUAAAUUGGCGAAACA